UCUGAGUAUGAUGUAUGCGAGAAUGGUUGUAAGAUGUACACCAAGAGCGAUAGAAGCACGUCAUGUUCAGCAUGCCAUACCCCACGAUUCAAAGCUGAUGGAAAAACAGCACGCAAGACGAUGAUCCAGUUAUCGUUGAAAGAACAGCUUCGGCUGUUAAUCCGGGAUGAAGCCACCCGCGAACUGCUCAAGUAUCGCGCUGAAUAUGUAUCCGAGGAAGGCUUGAUGAAGGAUUUUUGGGACAGUGCCGUUUAUAAAAUUCUAAAGCCUACCUUCUUUACCGGUGAAAUGGAUCUGGGGAUUGCGAUUUUUACUGACGACUUCAACCCAUUUCGUCGCUCACAGCAUUCCAUGACCAUUGUGCAUGUCAUCGUAUAUAAUUUU